AUGGACACCGUUCAAGUACUCAAUGUUAUUUCAAUCAUGGUUUUGAGAAAACUUUUCACAUUUGUCCACAGGGACAAGUAUGGUUGUGGAUCUUGUAGUCUCCCAUCCGGAAUAGAUGAAGCCACUUUUAGAAACGCAUUACAAGGUAUACCAGCUCUGUUGGGUAUUAAAGAUGGUCAAUCAUACCUCAAAAUCACCGAUCAGGUCAAUCACAAAGGUUCCUGUUAUAGAAAUGACUUUUUAAUGGAAUUCCAACACGAUGGUAAAUAUUUGGUACCCCUUGGAUCAAAUCAUGGAGAGAUAUACAAAAUUAAUAUUGAAAUCGAUGGAAAAAAGCAUUGGUCACCUUAUGAAUAUCUCAAAAAAGAUCGUUUUCUGUUGGAUUGGUUAAAGGUUAAUCAAAAUCAAAUCUUGUUACGAAUUUCGUUUCAGUUCAUUGACCUACAUUGUGGAGAUCUGCCAAAACUAGUAUCAAAAGUCAUUGAAGAGGUGGUAUCGUCACGAAUUGUAAUUUACCUAUCGGACAAUUUAUACAGAGAGAUGCCUAUCUUUAUGGAAACAAAGGAUGUUUUUCACAUUUUCAAUGGCAACGAUCAAUUAAAAAGUUCAUUUUCUUUGGUAGAAAAAAAUGUCUCCUUUAAAGACAAAAUUGAUAAUUAUAUCUCUUCUCAAGAAUCCAAUACUAAAACAAAUGUUCAAAGUACUCCUUUUGAACAUGUUGACUCUGAAUUCUUUGACUUAUUGACUGAUCAAAUCAAUUUUCAAGUGAUAACAGGCUUAGAAAAAGAAAUUGUGAUGGUUUUAGUUAAAGUGGAUCCCACAUCUUUACAAGUAUUUCUGAUGAACUCGUCGGAUUGUUUCAACAGUUUUCUUGAAUCAAUUAUUGUUGACAAAAAAGUAUUUCUCCACACAUACCAGUCAACCUAUGAAAGUAUUGCAAACAUAAUUUGUGGUUAUCGUGAUAGUCUGUCAAAUGAUCCAGUAUUGGAACUCACAACAUUAUUCGAAACUUUAUCCUAA